CUGAAGACUGCUUAUUUCUUUAAAAAGACACAACUCAUCUUACCAAGACCAAAUUCAAUAAGAAGCCCAAGCACUAAAAUAUUUCAGGCUUUAUUUUAAAGGCAAGUGAGACUGCUUCAAAUAAAACAACUUCAAGCUUCCAAGAAACAGUUAAGAGAAGGCAGAGAGGAGCAGAAACACUUCUUCGCCGACACUUACACUGUUGCCAUGGACCUACAUAAGCAGUGGGAGAACACAGAGACUAACUGGCAUAAGGAAAAGAUGGAAUUACUGGACCAGUUUGACAAUGAAAGAAAGGAAUGGGAAAGUCAAUGGAAGAUCAUGCAGAAGAAAAUAGAAGAGCUUUGCCAGGAAGUAAAGCUUCGGAGGAAAAUCAAUAUGAAUGAAUGUGCUAAGAUCAUUGAUCUUUACCAUGAGAAGACCAUUCCAGACAAAGUGAUAGAAUCUUCCCCAAAUUACCCUGAUUUAGGACAAUGUGAAUUUAUAAAGACGAAUCACAAAGAUGAUCUGAGAAAAGAAAAUAAAACAGAGCAGAGCUUAGUCAGUGGAGGAAAUCAAAUGUGUAAGGGACAAAAAGCAACAAAAAAAUCAAAAGUAGGGUUUUUGGAUCCUUUGGCUACAGACAACCAAGAGGAAUGUGAGGCCUGGCCUGACCUGAGGACUUCUGAGGAAGAGAGCAAGAGCUGUUCUGGCGCCCUCAAUACAGCUCUUGAAGAACUUGCGAAGGUUAGUGAAGAAUUAUGCAGCUUUCAAGAGGAAAUUCGAAAACGGUCUAACCAUAGAAGGAUGAAGUCAGAUUCUUUUCUCCAGGAAAUGCCAAAUGUAACUAAUAUACCUCAUGGGGACCCCACGAUCAACAAUGACCAGUGCAUUCUUCCAAUCAGUUUAGAAAAAGUAAAACAGAAAAAUAGGAAGAAUCUGAGCUGUACCAAUGUGCUCCAGAGCAAUUCUAUGAAAAAAUGUGGAAUUGAUACAAUCGAUUUGAAAAGAAAUGAAACUCCACCAGUUCCUCCUCCAAGAAGCACCUCUCGAAAUUUUCCCAGCUCGGAUUCUGAACAAGCCUAUGAAAGAUGGAAGGAAAGGUUAGACCACAACAGCUGGGUGCCCCAUGAGGGUCAAAGUGAAAGGAAUUGCAACCCUCACUUCCCUUUGAGACAACAUGAGAUGUCUAUGUUGUAUCGAAAUGAAGGGAAAACUUUGAAAGAUGGUAUUAUCUUUUCCUCUUUGGUACCAGAAGUCAAAAUAGAUAGCAAGCCUCCAAGUAAUGAAGAUGUUGGACUUAGCAUGUGGUCAUGUGACAUUGGGAUAGGUGCAAAAAGGAGCCCCUCUACUUCGUGGUUUCAGAAAACCUGCUCUACCCCCAGUAAUCUAAAAUAUGAAAUGGUGAUCCCAGAUCACCCUGCUAAAUCUCAUCCUGAUCUUCAUAUAAGUAAUGACUGUAGCUCCUCAGUAGCAGAGAGCAGUAGCCCACUUAGAAAUUUCAAUUGUGGCUUUGAAAGGACUACAAGGAAUGAGAAGCUGGCAGCAAAGACUGAUGAAUUCAACAGAACUGUAUUUAGAACAGAUAGAAAUGGUCAGGCAAUACAGCAAAAUCACAGCUGCUCAAAAUCAUCAGAGGAUCUCAAGCCCUGUGAUACCUCAUCUACUCACACAGGUAGCAUAUCACAAAGUAACGAUGUGUCUGGUAUUUGGAAAACCAAUGCCUACAUGCCUGUGCCCAUGGAGAAUGUGCCUGAUAAUCCCACCAAGAAAUCCACAACAGGCCUAGUAAGACAAAUGCAGGGAUACCUAAGUCCCCGCAGUUAUCGGAAUAUGCUCCACGAGCAUGACUGGAGACCGAGUAAUUUGUCUGGCCGUCCGAGGUCAGCUGAUCCCAGGUCGAAUUACGGUGUUGUGGAAAAGCUGCUGAAAACCUAUGAGACAGCAACAGAGUCUGCAUUGCAAAAUUCUAAGUGCUUCCAGGAUAAUUGGACCACAUGUAAUUCUGAUGUCAGUGGUGGUGCCACAUUAAGUCAGCAUUUAGAAAUGCUCCAAAUGGAACAAGAGUUUCAGCAAAAGACAGCUGUAUGGGGGGGACAGGAAGUGAAGCAAGGAAUAGAUCCAAAAAAGAUAACAGAGGAAUCCAUGUCAGUGAACACCUCACAUGGAAAAGGAUUUUCCCGACCUGCUAGACCAGCAAAUCGUCGUCUCCCCUCCAGAUGGGCAUCCAGAUCUCCAUCUGCACCCCCUGCCUUGCGGAGAACUACCCACAACUAUACCAUUUCUCUGCGAUCCGAAGCAUCGAUGGUUUAAGUCUUUGGCCUGGAUUGCUAUAUUACAGAAGUUCUAGUCCCACUUGUCAAACAGAGCAUUCUGAGUGUUUACAGGCGGACCUGUUCUCUUCCAACAAGCAAUUUAAAUCUUAACUUUCCAUCAGUCUUCAGUGUUUUUAAUCUAAGGAAUAAUUAUCUUCCUGUAUUUUGAUUUCUUAGAUCAGACUUUUUUAAUGCCAUCCUCAUUAAUUUUCCAAUACAAUAUAAGUUGAAACAAUGUACAAUAUUGUAUAUUCUUUGUUGCAAGUGGCAGAAAGUAAGGUUAUGUGCAUGGCCAUGUGUUUGUAGGUGCAUGUGUUGAAAUAGGAAGUAUCCUAGUAUGUAUUUAGAUAUGAAAAACUUAUGUGCUAGUGUUGACUUUGAAAUUAUAACAUGUAUACCUAUAUAUUCUUUGUGUUUAUUUAAAAGUUUUGAAAAUAUGCAGUACUGUUUAUAUUUUGUAUACCUUUUAAUAGGUAUCCACUUAAGGCAUUUGUGGUACAAAUAUUAAUUGACCACUUCCUUGGCCCCCAGCUACAAUGAAAAAGAAUUAUGCACACAUCUAACAUUGGUAGAUUUCUAAAGACAACUCAUAAAUGAUUUCUUAACCCAUAUAAGGAUAAAAUAAUACCAUUGAUAUCCUUGUUUAUUCUUUUUAAAUAAAAAUGUCACAAGUUUAAUAGAUCAGCCUUGUAAAGCAAGCAUAAAAUGUUCAUAAAUGUUUUAUAUAUUAUUUGGUAGUCUAGUAUGGCUUUAACUGAAUAUUUGAUCCUCAGAGACAGUAUCAUGAGACUGCAUUAUAAAUGACAUGAUUAAAUAAUGAAUUUAUUUUGUCAGCCUCAGCAACAAACAUUUCCUAAAUGUGUUGCAAAAAGAAACUGAAUGAUAUUGAAUUUUAGUUUUUCUUUAAGUUGUGGUAAGCUUUUAGUUUAGCUGCUUUAACAUGGAGUCAUACAUAUUUAGAGGUAAGUCAUUUAUUAUUUUUUUCCUUUUUCUAAACUUUUCCUUAAAAUUAAUAGAUAACAAACUAAGUUACUUUUUUACUAACAAGGAAGAUCAGGAAUAAUAUUUCUUUGAAAGCUGAAAUUAUACUUCUCACAGUUUGCUACAAAAAAAAAGGCUUAAACUAAACCUUGACAUCCACAGUAGCAUCAGGAAUAGAAAUGUAUAUUUUGGCUACAGUUUGCAUACAGUGAACACAUAAAAUCUAUAUUGAAAACUGACAGAAAUAUGAAUGUUGAUGGGGCUUGGAAUUCUAAAUGGAAGAUUUUAGAAGGAACUUUGCUCUCUACUGUCACUAUAUAAAACCAAUUAUGUUAUGUUAUUAGAUAUUAAUUCUAUUUAAGCUUUUCCUUUACUAAGAAAUUCUUAUGCCAAAUGUACUCCAAGAGCCAUCUCCUUAUGAUGUAUUUGAACCAUUUAGAGAAAUUCACUUCAUUGUACUCCAUGACCUGAGGUAAAGAAAAUAAUUUUCAAAUUGCAGACUUACUUGAAAGGCUCAAGACUGUAGCAUGGUGAUGUCUAGAUUCAUACUUUGCUGUAAGAACAGUUUUGGUAGUUAAGUGGAAUUAAAGGUCUAGAGUGAUUUGUAUUGGAUGGUAACUAAGGUCUAUAAAUCUACUCUUUUAAUUCUUAUUUCCUUCAGGAAGAUCCUUUUCCACAGGAAGCUAUCAAAGGAAAGUAAACUAGACACCAAGUAAUAUCACUCUCAUAAUAUGCUUUCCAGCUAGAGGGGAGAAAACACCAGGAAAGUGGAACUCUGGGUCAUAAAAUGACGGACCUGUUAGGAAAAUGCUGUUGUGUGGCAAUGGAAAGCCUGCCCAAGGACUGUGCAACCUAUCUGUUCCUCUCCACCACUGUAUCCCAAGUAGUCUGGUAUGAUCUAUGGUUCCUUAGAAUAUUGAGGAUCGCUUUAAAAAAAUGAAAUUUCUGAUCUCACCCCGUAUUACUAAAGCAAAAUUUCCAGGGAUAGGGACUGGGACUCCAGAACCAUUAAUAAAACAAAACAAAACAAAACAAAAUAUUGAUGAUCAGGCAGAUUUGAAAACAGUGACAUUGAUUGAUCUCUGAAUGGAUGGAUGCCCUUGGGUGGUCACUUUUCUUCCUAGGACUUGCCUUUGUUAUCUGUAAAUUAGAACGGCUGUAUUUCAGACUUCACAAUUUUAAGCCACUUUUUUCUAUUAACAGUUGAAUGAACCAGUGGGACACAUUUUAACGUCUUUUUAUGUUGACUAAAAUUAUAGUUAGAGCUGAGAAAAAAAAAUUAGCAUCUAGUCCAACUCCUUGAUUGUAAAACUGAAAAACUAAGGUUAUUUGAAUGUUCUGUUUUCUCUUUUUAAAUAUUUUAUAAUUUUUAAAUGGAAAAACCUAUUAAGUAAAUGGAAAUAAUCCUUGAAAAUAGUUUUUGAUGUUUUAUGAUUUUUAACUGGUAAAUUUCUACUUUAGGUGGGCAUUUUCUUCCCUAGAAUAUACCCUUUAUUAUGCUAUCAUUGCUAGAUUUAAAGGGACUUGUAAGCAUUUCUGGAAAUAUUUCAUUUAAAAACAUAUAUUAAUAGAUGUUUUCUCUAGCAGACUUUUGGAGCAAAAAUAUUAUUUUAGUUCAGCAGAGGAUUACUAAUGUGGGCUGAUCUCAGAAAGGAAUAAGGAUGAGGCAGAGAGGAGUACUUGAGUUUCUGUGUGUGUGUGAGUGUGUGUGUUUGUGUUUGUGUCAGUGUCACAUAAGUUCUCCAUAUUGCCUUAUGUCCCAAAGCCAAAUAUAAAAAUAUAAAUGAUGCUUUGUGUAAUUCAUUUUAUCAAAAAUUACCCAUAACUUUCAUUUGUUUUUAUAUCGACAAUGAAGAUGAUCAUAUUUCAUUUUGCAGAUGUGGCCAUAAAAUAUUAUUUACUUCUACAUAGGUGAUUUUACCAGGUUUAGUUAUCCUGAGAAAACAUCUGGACUUAAAAGAGUUUCUGCUUCCCUACAAAGAUCUUUAAAAUUAUUUUUAGGCACAUUUGCAAUAAACAACUACUUGAUAUUGAAAUCUCCUUCAGCCAUGAGAAGCUAUCAAAUAAAGUAGGCGUAAAAACAACUGUCUGUGCCAUCUGUAUACAUCGAGAACAUUUUUCUUUCCCUCCUUUUCUGCAGUGAACUCUAGUAAAGCUGAGUGUCUUAUGAAAUCUAAACUCAAAUAUGUAUACAGUUCACUCUAGCUUCUUCCAAAAUAUCUCUAGAUAGUAGAAUUGAAGCCAAACCUGCCUGACUUCCUGCUCCUGGCCAUCCAAAACUCCAUAUGGCUUCUCGUACACUGACAUCCUCUCUGUACCCAUUUAACUGCUAAUUGAGUCUGAUAAAAGUCUUCUUUGAAAAAAGUUUUCAUUUCUAAGAUUUGCAUUUACAUCAUAAAAUUAAAACAUUUCAGGAAAAUUAGAUUUUUUUUAUUACAGUACUAUUUGCUUUAAAUUCGGCAUGUUUUUCUUAAGUAGCAAGUACAUGUAUCAGAACUUACAACUGGCUGGGCACCGUGGCUCAUGCCUGUAAUCCCAGCACUUUGGGAGGCCAAGGUGGGCGGAUCACGACGUCAGGAGAUGAGACCAUCCUUGUUUCAUCAUGGUGAAACCCUGUCUCUGCCAAAAAUACAAAAAAUUAGCCAGGCGUGGUGGCGGUCGCCUGUAGUCCCAGCUACUCGGGAGGCUGAGGCAGGAGAAUGGCGUGAACCCAGGAGGCAGAGCUUGCAGUGAGCAGAGAUCGUGCUACUGCACUCCAGCCUGGGCGACAGAGUGAGACUCUGUCUAAAAAAAAAAAAAGAACUUAUAACUAUGACUUGUUCAUCUUACCCUGAAAAUAUGUUCCUACAAGAAAAUGUGCUUUGCAAAGCAAAAAAGGCAAAAAUUGGGGAUGAGGGGUUCUUCAGACAAGUACCAAAAAUGAUUUGUCAUUUUUAAUGUAUGUAUAUUUAUCAUAGAAAAUAAUUUUUUGUUUUAGUGAGAAUAAAAUCAUGAUACUUAAAAUCUGAUAUACAUUUCAAUGAUCUUAUUAAUCCAAUAGGUUAAAUUAACAAAUUCUUAGGAAAAAUAUCUGUUUAUAUGAAGCUAUGGAGAAAUCUAGAAAGUAGGUAAUGGUCUAGAUUUUGAGGGACCUAUGAACUCAGAACAAGUUCAUUUAGAGGUGGGAAACCUGAGAUUCAAAGAGGUCUGCAUGGCUGCCAAGGUUACAGGGACAGAAUCCAAGCCUGGGCUCACUCAUGUUCUGCUCUCUUAUACGUAUAAAUGUCCCAUGUGCAUCUAUGACUUCAUUGUUUGCAAAGCACAUUCAUAUUCCACGACUUGUCUGCUUCUUACAACAAACUACAAGGCAGGCAUUGUGAUUUCUAAGUAAGAAGGAAAAAUUAAGUAGUCAAGAUAAUAUUUAGAAUAAAUAUUUUUGAAGAUGAUAGUUAAAUAGAUGGCUCUUCAGACUCCUAGCUCAGGCUCUUUUUCCAGCCUUCUUUUCCCAAGGAAGAGAAGAUAAAAAGAAACAAAGAUUGAACAGCUCUUUUUCAUUUUUGUUUUGUUCAUUUUUUACAUGACACAAAUUGUUUAUCUUGCUCUCAUUGAGAGUUUCUGUUGAUUCCCUCUUUCAAUGAUCAGCAGAAGUCAUCACCCCUGACUUGAAUGGUUUUAUGAAAUUCAAGAAGUUGUGAACAAGGCUUUAACAAAAUAUUUCCACUUUUAAUGCCUAUGCUCUGAUUUUGUAUAAAUUUUGUAUGUAGGACAUGAUGUUGAAGUAAAACCAAUAAAUAGCCAAGCAGUAUUCAUCUAUAGCAUCAACUGAAUCCUGACCUCAAUCUUCAAAAGAAUCAGAGAAUAGUUUCACACUUCGUAAGUUACAUAUACUCCAGAAUAAAUAAGAGCAGUUUGCUUGAAGUAUUAUCUUAGCUCAUCUGUGCUGCUAUAACAAAACACUUGAGACUGGGUUAUUUAUAAAGAACAGAAAUUUAUUUCUCUACAGUUCUGGAGGCUGGGAAGUCCAAGAUCAAGCUGCAAGCAGAUUCGGUGUCUGGUGAGGCCUGCUGUGUGCUUUCAAGGUGGUGCCUUAUUGCUGUGUCUUUAUAUGGCAGAAGGGGCCAACAAUGGAGAAACAGCAGAAUAGCAAGAAGCAGCUGAAUGCUCUAUGAUGUUUCUUUUAUAAGGGCCUUAAAUCCCAUUCAUGAAAGAGAAGCCUUCAUAAUCCAAUCACCUCCUAAAGGCCCUACCUCUUAAUAUUGGAGAUUAAGUUUCAACAUGAAUUUUGGAGGUACGUAUUCAAACCAUAGCAAGCAUACAGUAAUUUCCAAUAUAAACCUCACUCAAAAUUAUAGUCACAUGCUGCACAAACCAGUUCAAUGCACAUAUAUGAUAAGAUUAUAAUACAAUAUUUUUGCUAUACUUUUUCUAUGUUUACGUAUACAGAUACCAUUGUGUUACAAUUGCCUUUAGUAUUCAGUACAGUAACAUGCUGUACAGGUUUGUAGCCUAGGAGCAAUAGAUUAUACCAUCAAGCCUAUCAUCUAGAUUUAUAUAAGUACACUCUGUGAUGUUUGCUCAGUGAUGAAAUCACCUGAGAACACGUUUCUCAGAUCAUAUCCCUGUUGUUAAGCAAUGUGACUGCAACUGUGCUCUGCUGCCAGUUUGUUUGAAGCUUUAUUUUUCAAUUACUUACUCAUGGCAAUUUUAUAAGAAUCAUUAAACAAAUUUAAUCCAGCUA